CAAUAAAUUAACUGAAAGUGUCAUCAUGAAUUUUUUAUUGUGUUUUUCUUUAGUUUGUGCCGUGGCAAUUGCCAAACCAAUGGAUGAAGACAAAAAAUCAGAACAACUGCCUACAUCGCUUAGCACCAAAAACGAGACUGUAUCGAACUACAGAGUAGAAAGUCAUGAUAAAAUAUCUCCGAUAGUUCAGGUUUUUUCCGAAUCAAACGAGAAUAAUGAAUCAAAAUCCGAUGAAUUAAAAAUCACAGAUGAUAAUCAACCAAAACUUGCAUAUGAUUCUACUAUCAAUCAGGUUAAUCCAUCUACGUACCCAUCUCAAUUAACUAGCAUUCAUAACACUGAUUUAAGUUAUCCAAUAAACACGGAAAAUGAACAAUACAGAUCAGUUGCUUCCGAGUAUCCUUCAGUAGCUUAUAAGUCAUACGGAUCAAGCUCAGAAUCGUAUAGUCCGUUAGGAUCACCGGGAUUAGUUUCUUCUUCAUACCCGUUAACGUCAUAUGGGUUAAGACCUGAAUCAUAUGGACAUUCAGGGUCAAAUGGAUUAUCAGGAUCAUAUUAUGGAUUGUCCGAAUCAUAUGGGCCAUCAGAAUCAUGUGGUUCUUCACUACCCUCAGUUAUGCCAACAUCUUAUUUUAAUCCUAUUCCUUGUCAAGGUGGCAUUGCCCAACAAAUAAUUCAUAAGCCCGUUGUUACAGAAUUACAAGAAGUUAUUCACAAACCAAUAAUUACAGAAGUACAAGAAAUUGUGAACAAGCCUGUUAUCUCGGAAGUCCAACAAGUCAUACAUAAACCACUUUUCACUGAACAUAUUGGUCUCGGUCCAUCUUACCAUGGAUAUCAAAAACAUGUUAUCAACCAACCUAUUUACCAUAAGCCCACUAAACAUUUUGUUCGUCAACCAGUGUCUCAUACAGCAACUAUUCACUUAGCUGAUAAAUAUGAACAACAUGUCAGUAACGGUCACAGUAUUUGUGAACAAGAGACUGGUUCUCCAUACGGUUUUACAGGAUCAUCGUAUCCUAUUACAUACGGGCCAGGAAUCAACGUUGCACAAGCAAGUGGACAAUAUAAAUCAGCUGCGUCCAGGCCUAGUGUUGCACCUUAUGAUACAGGUAUAUCUACAUCGGAUUCUUCGAGUUACUCUUUAUUACGUGGUUCAACUCCAUACCGUUACCCUUUAAUAUCUUCUGUUCAAGAUUCAAACAGAUACGCCACUUCUGGUCCAAUUGGUUACUCUGAUCCAACUUCUUCAUUUAGCUAUUCAUCAUUGCCGUCAUAUAACGAAUUAGGUUCAAUAAGUAAUGGAAAACCUUAUAGACAACAGAUUGCUACUUUCAAUACUGGUAAAAAUGGACCAUACAGAAGUUCUGAAGAAAGUUCACAACUUAAAGCUGCAGAACAGAUUAUGUACGAUAAGUUCGUGCCAUAUACACAACAAUUAGAUGGUAACCAACAAUAUUAUGAUAACCAGUUUCAACAAAAAUUCUCAGGAUUUCGACAACAAAGGGGGAGGAGCAAUGAAGACCAAAAACAAAUUAAAAUGGAUGUAGAUGCUAUAGCUAAGCAAAUUGAGAAGAAUCCUGAAAUGAGAAAACAAUUAAUAAAAAUAAUUACAGAAAGCAUUUACGUUAGUGACCAAAUGACACAACCCAAUAAGAAACAAAAAGAUACAAAAACUCAAUCAUUGCCACUAAUAUAACAUUAUAUAGCUAAUGUAUAAAUAACUUUUAAAAAA